AUGCAGUGGAUGAGGCCUAGGCCAAAAGCUGCGGGUGUUGCCGAAGACUUUUGGAAAUGGCCAGAUCAGGGCCUUCGUUUUAGGAAGAUGGCCCAUGAUAUAUGGCUUGUGCCAAUACCACCAAAGGGGCCUUAUCAGACAUCAUCCAAUUACAUGCGUCUGACCAAGUCAACUAAAAUGGCCAAGUGCGCACCGACAGCCAACAGCGGUUUAGCUGCCAAGGACAAGGUCAGAAACAUCGGAUUGGUUAUAGCAUUUUCUAGUGCAGUUUUCACAGGAUAUAUCAUAAAUCUUCCACUUGGUGCCAGUCUUGGCGUCACUUGUUCAUUUCCAGAUACAAUGCUCUACUUAGGAAUGAAGCCACCCGUCAGCUCUAUCAGUGCAGUAUUGCUUUAUUGGAAAGGUAUCUACAGAACACGCCUCUUUGUACCACUUCGCAGGGAAUCGAUCCCUCAAAUCCAUUGCUCUGAAGGCACAACUUUAGCUAGUGACAAAGCGUCAUAUCAAAAUCCAACAGCAGAACUAAACAAACAAAAGAGCAGUCAGCAGUUAUCACUCAUGGGACGCCCUGAUAAUCAUCCAGGUCGUGAUACCACUGUUGUUGGUACGAUUUCAUCUUUACUGUGUUCAGAUGAGACUGGUAUGCUCGUAGUGGCUGCUUUGGACUAUUGCUCGCACGAGUGCACACUUCAUGCGUUCCAGUCACUCAACAAUCUCAACAAUAUCAAGAUACAGCAAACGCUUCCAUGGUUUCGCAUCCCCGAUAGCCGAGCUACUAAAAUGGGGGAGAUAAGCGUGGAGAGGGAACCGCUGGGGGUGGGGGUUCAGUUGGUGACGGGGAAUCAGCAAUGGCGCAUUUAG